CAUUGACAGUUGUAUAAAUAAACACUUCUUAAAGAACAAUAAGUUGGUGAAACUUACAAUGAACAACUAAAAAGUGAUAAUUAAUUGUACUGUGAAUCGUCACUUCGAAACAAUUUAAUAAUGGUUAUUUAUGGUGUUUAUAUCGUAUCGAAAUCAGGUGGACUAAUUUUUAAUCACGAUCAUAAUGUUCCACGUAUCGAGAACGAGAAGCCAUUCACUUUUCCGCUUGAUGUAAAAUUAAGUUACGAAAAUAAAAAGGUUGUCGUUUCGUUUGGCCAGGAGGAUGGAAUUAACGUGGGUCAUGUUUUAACUACAGUAAAUGGCAGUCCUGUAGUAGGACGAGAAUUAGAAAAUGGAAAAGAUGUAUUUGAAUUUCUUGAACAACCAGAAAAUUUCCCUGUGACUCUUAAAUUUAGUCGUGCCAGAAUGACAACUAAUGAAAAGAUCUUUCUAGCAUCAAUGUUUUACCCUUUGUUUGCAAUUGCCAGUCAAUUGAGCCCUGAACCACGUUGCUCUGGUAUUGAAAUUUUGGAAGCUGACACAUUUAGGCUACAUUGUUACCAAACAUUAACUGGUAUUAAGUUCAUUGUGGUGGCAGAACCCACACAAAGUGGAAUAGAAAUUUUAUUGAAGAGAGUGUAUGAAUUAUAUGCAGAUUAUGCUUUAAAGAAUCCUUUUUAUUCAUUGGAAAUGCCAAUCAGAUGUGAAUUGUUUGAAACUAAUUUACAAAAUUUAUUGGAGAAUAUUGAAAAGUCUGGUGCUAGCAGUGUGUAAUCAGUGGUGGUAUAAUCAAUACUUAUUAUCAUCUGAGUGAAGUUGUUGACUUAUAAAUAACAUGCAAAACUUGUACAAAAAUCAUACUGAGGUUAAGUGUGGUAAAUCUUGCUACAAUGUUGUACAUUUCACAUUGUACAAUAUAAUGUGACAAACUGUAAAUUGUACUGAAUGUAAAUGAUCUAGACCAGAGCCGCUU